AUGAAAGAAAAAAAAACGUUAAAAUUAAUCACAAAUUCGUUACCAGCAUCGAAUCCUGCAGCAAAUUUAUCCUAUAAACUUUAUCGAGAAGAUCGUGCAUUUUAUAUAUGUCAUUUAAGAAAUUCAAUAGUUCUUAAAUUAGCAAUAAAAUAUGCAACUGAAUCACGACAAUCAACAUUACAAUUACUUAUUGUUCUUCUUAAUCAACAUCAUCAAUAUCUGAAGAAAUAA